AUGACCACGGCCACAACCACCAGUGUCAGCCCUGCGAACGGCAUCGUGAGCAACGGAAAAGCCACCAAGCGUCGCAACGGCAAAGCCGCCAAGCUUCGCAACGGCAAUGCCUCUCCCGACCUCGCUGAAGAGGAAUGCGACGACGCAAGCACAGUCGACAAGACCCCAGCUGCUCUCGUCCAGAAAUAUCGCCAUGUGGCGGCGGUGCAUUCUAAAAGCCGCCCGUCAUGCUUGAGCCACGACUCCGAUGCUGCCCCGAGCUUCAUCGGGUUUCGAAAUCUCAUGGUAAUUGUUCUGGGCAUGCCACACCGCACCCGCGCCGUUUUCUAUGUGCUCAUCAUUCCUGACCGCUCUCUCAGCGGACUUCUCUAUUUCCUUAUUCCCUGCCACUUGUUGGUCGCCUACUUGAUCGAACUGGCCGCCGCUCGCCAUGCUCGAAGGCCCCGGAAACGUCUCGAGCCUGCCUCUCCUGGCCCGUCCGAGCAAGACAAGAUCAAGUUUCAUUCAACAUGGGUCCUGGCGGCCUGGGCUCAUGGAAUCAACAUGACGCUUGCAUUUGCCCUCACUACCUUUGUGGUCUACUAUUACAUCCACCACCCGCUUGUCGGAACCUUGACCGAGAUGCAUGCCGUCAUUGUGUCGCUCAAGACAGCCUCGUACGCGUUCACCAACCGAGAUCUUCGCCACGCCUACAUGCAUCCCGUCAGGGGCGAGCUUAUCCCUGAACUCUACUCCAAGUGCCCGUAUCCCAAUAACAUCACUUUUGGAAACCUCGUCUACUUCUGGUGGGCGCCAACGCUAGUCUAUCAGCCUGUGUACCCGCGCACCGACAAGAUCAGAUGGGUCUUUGUCUUUAAGAGGCUGGGCGAAGUAUGCUGCCUGAGCGCAUUCAUCUGGUUCGCCAGCUUCCAGUACGCUGCUCCGGUAUUGCAGAAUUCGCUCGACAAGAUUGCAUCGUUAGACUUGCUCAUGAUUUUAGAGCGGCUGCUCAAACUGUCAACCAUUUCUCUGGUGAUUUGGCUGGCAGGGUUCUUUGCCCUGUUCCAAUCCUUCCUGAACGCACUGGCCGAAGUGCUGCGGUUCGCCGACCGAUCGUUUUACGACGACUGGUGGAACAGCGAGAGUCUAGGAGCCUACUGGAGAACGUGGAACAAGCCUGUAUACACCUACUUCAAGCGCCAUGUCUACGUACCCAUGAUUGGACGUGGAUGGAGCCCGUGGACGGCAAGUUGCACCGUCUUCUUUGUCUCUGCCGUGUUGCACGAGGUUCUUGUUGGUGUUCCUACCCACAACAUCAUCGGUGUUGCUUUUUUGGGCAUGUUCCUGCAGCUUCCCCUCAUCGCCAUCACGGCCCCCCUAGAGAAGAUGAAAUGGGGACAUACCGGCAGAGUAAUGGGCAAUGUAAUCUUUUGGGUGUCUUUCACCAUUUUCGGUCAGCCAUUUGCGGCAUUGAUGUACUUUUAUGCAUGGCAGGCCAAGUACGGCAGCGUCAGUAAACAACCGAUCCUGACGCUGCAGACAUGA